AUGACUAAAAGCUCUCUUUCUUUAGAGAAGUUCUUUGAUGAAAUUAAAUAAAAAAGAAAUAGUCGACUCUCUAAAAAUAACAGCAAGUAUAUCAGUAAGCAAGGCAAUCUUAUAGAAAAGAUUGAAAGCUAAUAGAAGAUUAAUGCCUCUCUAAGAAAUCAAUUAAAAGAAUUGAAUACGAAUAAAAAUUACUAGAAAUCAAAUAUCCAGGGUGAUGUUUACGCAAAUACGAAUAAUGGAAUCUAAAUUAUUUCUCUAACUUAAAAUAGAUUCAAUACAAUUGAUCAUAACUAGGAAGAAAUGUAUGAAGUCUUGAAGAAUCAUAAUAGUCAAAUAGCAAACCAAAGAAACAUUGAUUAUUUUGAACAGGAUUAAAAAGGCAUAAAUAAAACAGAUAUUCAUGAUAGAUUCAAGUAAAGUGAGGAAGCUUUAGUUAGUCUAAAAAGGAAGAUAUUUAAUGCUAAAGGUAUAAAAUUUGGUACUUAAUAGAGAAACUUUGAUCCUAAAAAAUAUGGCUAGAUAACUAAGGCUUUUGAAAUCAUAAAAUUUUGUUCCUGA